ACAGCCGUCCGUGUCAAAACGCGUAAACAAAUCGUGUGCUGCAAAACGAAUGUCGUUCUACAUUUUCCUUUAAAUUUGUGAAAAUUAUUACCAAUUUUCUUGCUGAUUUCUCCAUCCAGAAGAGAUGGAUGAGCUCGAGCAGCUGGAGCACCUUUCGCUGGUGUCGAAGAUCUGCACCGAGCUGGAAAACCAUCUGGGGUUGAACGACAAAGAUCUAGCUGAAUUCAUCAUCGAUUUGGCGGAGAAAAAUCCCUCGCUGGAUGCGUUCAAGCGGGUCCUGGCGGAAAAUGGUGCCGAAUUUGCCGAGUCCUUCACAUCGAAUCUGCUGCGAAUCAUCCAGCUGAUGAAACCACCCAAGGGGAAGGGUGGCAAGAGUGGUGGGCUCUCGGCCUUCGAGGAAGACGAUCGGGUCGGCGGACUGGCAAUGAAGUUUCCCGGUUUGGCGAUACCUAACUCCAAGAAGGGGUACGAAUCGGAUGCCGGCGAGGAGGAGGAGGAGGAUGAGGACGAUUGUAAGAAGGGAAAGGGAAAAGUAGGAGGAGAUUCGAAUGUGGUGGACGACAUGUUUGCCGAGUUGGAAAGUAUGGCUCCGUCUACGUCCUCGGGGAAGGGGGAAUCGAAAAAGUCCCGGGAGCAGCAGGAGGUGGAGAAUAUGUUUGCCGAGCUGGAAAGCUUGGCACCGUCGUCGUCGAAAGAUGAGCGGGAAGUGAAGCGAAGGGACCGUAGGAGUCGGUCCAAGGAUAGAAAGCGAAGUCGAUCAAGGGAUAGGAAGCGGAGUAGAUCGAGAGAGAGGAAGAGGAGUAGAUCCAAGGAGAGGAAAAGGAGCAGAUCGAGGGAGAGGAAAAGGAGCCGAUCCCGUGAUCGUGAUCGAAGGAGAAGAUCAAGGUCUCGACACAGGUCCAGAUCGAGAGAUAAGGAGCGAAGGCGUAGGAGCAGAAGCAGAGACUACGAGAGAGAUCGUCGAUCUAAACGGAGUCGUAGCAGGUCAAAAGAUCGUCAUCGUCGACAGAGAAGUGGUUCGAGAGAGUUCGAGCGUCGGCCACCACCGAUGCCGGAGGAGCCGGAGCCGGGAAAGAUCUAUGAUGGCAGGGUAGUGAAUAUAGUUGCGUUCGGCUGUUUUGUACAACUGACCAGCUUCCGGCGGAAGAAGGAAGGUCUGGUUCACAUUUCUCAGCUGUCGUCCGAGGGCCGUGUGAAUAACGUGACGGAUGUGGUCAAUCGCAACGACACUGUCAAAGUGAAGGUGAUUUCGAUCGCUGGACAGAAAAUUUCACUUUGUAUGAAGGACGUUGAUCAGCAAACGGGACAAGAUUUGAAUCCGCUAUCGCAUGCCCAUCUGCAGGAAAACAGCGAUCUUGCCAACAGGAACCCGGAUCGACCGAUGAAUGUUCCGUCGAUGCUCAAUUUGCAAGACAAUGUUGAAUCUAUGGAGGAAACGUCGCGCAAAAAGGUGACUCGCAUUUCCAGUCCGGAGCGCUGGGAGAUCAAGCAGAUGAUUUCGUCGGGAGUGAUUGACCGCAGUGAGAUGCCCGACUUCGACGAGGAAACUGGUUUGCUUCCGAAGGACGAGGACAGUGAGGCGGAUAUUGAGAUUGAAAUCGUAGAAGAUGAGCCUCCCUUCCUGCAAGGGCACGGUAGAGCGCUGCAUGAUCUAUCGCCGGUGAGGAUAGUUAAGAAUCCGGAUGGUUCAUUGGCACAAGCGGCCAUGAUGCAAUCGGCUCUGGCGAAGGAACGACGCGAGCAGAAAAUGCUUCAGCGUGAGCAAGAGAUGGAUUCGGUCCCGGCCAACAUGAACAAGAACUGGAUUGAUCCUUUGCCAGAAGAGGACACCCGUUCGCUGGCAGCGAAUGUCCGUGGCGUUGGAAUGACCAUGCAGGAUGUUCCGGAAUGGAAAAAGGCCAUCAUCGGCGGUAAGAAAUCCUCGUACGGUAAAAAGACUGAUAUGAGCCUGGUUGAACAGCGUCAGUCGCUUCCAAUCUACAAGCUGCGAGACGAUCUCAUCAAAGCCGUAACGGAUAAUCAAAUUUUGAUUGUCAUCGGAGAGACUGGUUCCGGAAAAACGACACAAAUCACACAGUACUUGGCCGAAUGUGGCUUCAUUGCCCGGGGGAAGAUUGGAUGCACGCAGCCGCGUCGUGUGGCUGCCAUGUCCGUAGCCAAGCGAGUUGCCGAGGAGUACGGUUGUCGGCUUGGGCAAGAAGUCGGUUAUACGAUCCGUUUCGAGGACUGCACCAGCCAGGAGACGGUCAUCAAGUACAUGACAGACGGUAUGUUGCUGCGUGAAUGCUUGGUGGAUUUUGAUUUGAAGGCCUACUCGGUCAUUAUGUUGGACGAAGCCCACGAAAGGACAAUCCACACGGAUGUGCUGUUUGGCCUGUUGAAACAAGCCGUCCAGCGAAGGCCGGAACUAAAACUCAUCGUCACGUCUGCCACAUUGGAUGCGGUUAAGUUUUCGCAGUAUUUCUUUGAAGCUCCCAUUUUCACCAUUCCGGGUCGGACAUUCCCCGUGGAAAUGUUGUACACAAAGGAACCGGAGACAGACUAUCUGGACGCUUCACUGAUCACGGUUAUGCAAAUCCAUCUUCGUGAACCUCCUGGCGACAUCCUGCUUUUCCUCACCGGUCAGGAGGAGAUCGAUACUGCCUGCGAGAUUCUGUACGAGCGAAUGAAAUCCCUCGGGCCGGACGUUCCCGAACUGAUUAUUCUCCCCGUAUACUCCGCUCUGCCCUCGGAAAUGCAAACCCGUAUUUUCGAUCCGGCGCCACCUGGCAGUCGUAAGGUGGUCAUUGCGACCAACAUUGCCGAAACUUCCCUCACUAUCGACGGUAUCUACUACGUGGUAGAUCCAGGUUUCGUUAAACAGAAGGUGUACAAUUCCAAGACCGGAAUGGACUCCCUCGUUGUUACGCCGAUUUCCCAAGCCGCUGCCAAACAAAGAGCCGGACGUGCCGGGCGAACCGGUCCGGGUAAAGCCUAUCGUUUGUACACGGAGCGUGCCUAUCGGGAUGAGAUGUUGCCAACGCCAGUACCGGAAAUCCAGCGAACCAAUUUGGCCACCACAGUCCUCCAGCUCAAAACGAUGGGUAUCAACGAUUUGCUGCACUUCGAUUUCAUGGACGCUCCACCUGUCGAAUCGCUUGUCAUGGCUCUGGAGCAGCUUCAUUCCCUGUCGGCGUUGGACAACGAAGGUCUUCUGACGCGAUUGGGUCGCCGCAUGGCUGAAUUCCCACUGGAACCCAAUCUGUCCAAAAUGUUGAUCAUGUCCGUGGCGUUGCAAUGUUCGGAUGAAAUCCUCACCAUCGUGUCCAUGCUGUCGGUGCAGAAUGUGUUCUACCGGCCGAAGGACAAGCAAGCCCUGGCUGACCAGAAGAAGGCCAAGUUCAACCAAAUCGAGGGAGACCAUUUGACGCUGCUGGCGGUGUACAACAGCUGGAAGAACAAUAAAUUCUCCAACGCGUGGUGCUACGAAAACUUUGUGCAAAUAAGGACGCUCAAGCGGGCCCAAGACGUCCGUAAGCAACUGUUGGGAAUCAUGGACCGACACAAGCUGGACGUGGUCUCCGCCGGAAAGAACACCGUACGGGUGCAGAAGACCAUUUGUUCCGGUUUCUUCCGGAACGCUGCCAAGAAGGAUCCGCAGGAGGGCUACAGGACCUUGGUCGACUCGCAGGUGGUUUACAUCCAUCCUUCUAGUGCGCUGUUCAAUCGUCAGCCGGAGUGGGUCGUUUACCACGAGCUGGUCCAAACCACCAAGGAAUACAUGCGGGAAGUGACCACAAUCGAUCCCAAGUGGUUGGUCGAGUUUGCGCCCGCAUUCUUCCGCUUCUCCGAUCCAACCAAGCUGAGCAAAUUCAAGAAGAAUCAACGACUGGAACCACUCUACAACAAGUACGAAGAACCGAACGCUUGGCGUAUCAGCCGAACUCGAAGGAGACGAAAUUAAACUCGGUUCGGUUCAGGUUAGUCUAAAGCAACUAUUUUAUUACAUCAUCCUGUUCGUUCUAAAUACAAUGUGACCCACUCUGUUCCCCCCGAA